CAGGAAAACACUGAGAUUGACGACACAAAUGCGCCGAUCAGGUAAUUGAAAAUGGGUAUCAACAUGAACGGCAAUAAAUAAACACAAAUUGUUUCACGGACAAUGUUAAAAUAAUGUGAAGUGUGGAAAACAAUGCUCUCAUCAAUUUCAUAUUUCAACAGUUGAAAACUUACAUAAUAAAUAAGGUCCAUGUAUUUGUAAGAAUUUUCACUAUGAAUACACAAUGCCCUUUAUUAGAAAGUGGUCAAAUGUAAAAGGUGUUAUUGCUUUGGAUUACACUUUCUUAUUAAAGCGCAGAUUCUAUUUCUAGUACUUGAAAAUCGGGGAUUGAGUACAAUAUAGGAUUCGAUUUGAGACUGUGAACUUGUGGCGCCAAUCGCUAGCUAUGUGGCGUUAACAGCUGGUUGAAAAAAAGAUGAAAAUGAAAGUAGAUCAAAGAGUGUUAAAAUUGUUCUCAUAUGUACACACCACAAUAUGCUAGAGCACCUCGAAGUAUGUUUUGAAAUAUUGUUGCAAGAAACACUAACGGAACAAUGUCCUGUGAUACACUGAAAACACAUUAUAGUGGAAAUAUUGUUUCAUUCUAGUAACAUAGGAACUGCAACAGUAUAUAAAACUGGCAUAUAUAUAUACUCAAAUAUGCUACUAUCCCACAUAAUAUACAAUUUGUUACAAUCGGAAAACGAAUAAUUAUCUCCCUUGCCUAUGAACUGGGAUCUGUAUUGGGCGCCAUCCUUGAAAGUGUUGCGAGAUUAUUGCAACGAAACGUUUGGGGAAACCCAGUUUCAGCUUUCACAGGUGGGGAUUUGGUCUGGGGAUUUCCCUUCCUCGUUGCAGCCUUGACAGAAAAUAGGACGCGGUUGUGCGAGGACAAAAGCCAGAGGUUUAAGGACAUAUCUGACUUUGAUGGCAGAAGUACAGCUACGAAGACAACGGUGGCGACCUGGGUCACUGUCCAGGGAACAGCGCCAUAUUAUGCUGCCACCUUGCAGUGAAUGCAAGUCGAGAAUGUGGUCAUGCUAAUCACCAAUCCAAAAUUGGAUGUUGAUCUGUGAUGUCAAACAGUGAAAUUGUGAAAAUUAUUUUCUCAACAGAAUGAAAGUAUUUCAUAUAGGAUAACUUUUCCCUAAUCUCUAAAACUAUUUAUUUUCAACUUGCCGUGUGACAGUGCCAUAUUUAUUUCAGAUAACGGAUCAUAAACACUCAAUCGUUUUUCAAAAUCUGAAAAAUAUCCAUGUUUAGUGAUAGUAACUAUGGCAAUGUCUGCCCAAGCCAGAUGACAUCGUUGAGGUCACAGGACGUACUUUGAGGAUAUAUAUCAACUGAUAUACAGCUUCUGAUCUACAGCUACAUGACAUGUGAUGGUGCUACUACUUAUUGCUGUGAAGAUUACAGACAAGAUUUCUAGUCAACCUAUUUAUUACACUGCCUGAGGGAAACAGACAUUUUUACACCUGAAUACUCCCAUCCUUUGCAAUAUGUGUGUCACUGAACAUGAAGCCAUUUGUGUCCUGUUUACAGUCAUUUGUCCUGAACCAGAAAGACAUCUGUGUUAGCUCGUGUUGGUCUGGAAUAAUACUUACAGUUCUCAGAAAGAGAUUUAAUUUGUUUUAUGUGUCAAGUUUGGUGUCUCCUGUGAUAAUGAUCCUUGUAUAUGUGGGAUGCCAGUCAGUCUGUAGAUUUCAUCAACCAGAGUUCAUGAAGAGAACAUUAUCUUGGCAUGUGCUGAACGUGAAGAUGUGUGAUAGUCUCUGAUGAUUUGUGCUGGACGUGAAGUGUCUCAUGUAAAGAUGUGUGUGUCUCAUGUUAGUCUCAUGACAGUCCCUGGGCCAUCUGUGAAUCCUGCAGUUCUUGGACUGGACUGAAGAAGUCUGUAGAUUCAACAUGUCCAUGAACAUUGUUCCUGUGUUGUUCAUGACGCUGGUUCCCAGCUGCUGCAGCAGAAUGGCCGCUUGGAGAACUGGUUCCGUCAACUCCAGGAGGGACUAUGUUUUAAUUGGUCAACAGCUGCGGCUAACCUGUCGUCUGAAUAGUUCCACGACUUACGACUCAGGCCUGUUGUUUCUGGAGAAGGGGGACAACUUGAAUGUAAGCAUGACCAUCAUUGACGACCGAACGGCUGCGACAAACCGGACCAUCGGCUCUCUACAUGAUGCUGGGAAGUACUACUGCUGGGUAGGAACCGAUGAGGGCGAUGGCAGUCUGUUUGUGGGAUCCCGCGUGGUGGAGGUUGAACAUUACCCUGAGCCAGUGGUGAACAUGACCUGUGUGAAGGACAACUGGGACUCUCCACUGACCUGUCACUGGGACCUUGGUGUAAACUAUGUCAAUGCUUCCAAUAUUGAAGUAAUGUUUCUGUUCAAAAUGGGGAGAAGUGAUAAUUCCACAGAUCUCACUGGGGCAGCUCUAUGUCCAAACCAGACCAAGACGAGGUGCUACUUUUCAAGAUACAACUCUCUGGAAAUCGUGUAUACAGUCCGUGUGAAGAACAAGAGAACAAAUGAUAGUGUAAAUGUCAAACCAGCGUCCUUUAAAUCUAAUGAUCUUGUUAAACCUGAUCCAGUGAAUGUAAUCAACAUCACUGUAACAAAAUCUAAUUUCACCUUGAUCUGGAAUCAUAACAGACCCCAUCGAGAGAAAAUGUACCGAAUUCGUUUUCAUGAAAAGGAUGACCCAGCCUGGAAGGAAAUCCGCAUCCCACCUAAACCUAACUUUGAUGAGGAGCCUCCACACUUCAGUAGGACGGAGACCGGCUUGAGGCCGUACACCCAGUAUGAGGUGGAGAUUGACACCCGACCCUCACUGACCACUGGAUACUGGAGCAACAAGAUCAGGAGGACCAAGAGGACACUAGAAGAUGUGCCGUCUACCGGGCCACACACUACACAAGGCAGCUUCUACUCAGAGGUCUGUCAUUCCAACGUCCAUGAUGUCACGGUGUUUUGGCAGGAACCAAGAGCAGCAGAUAGCAAUGGGAAGAUCACCCAGUAUUUGGUGGAGUACAACGGUAUCAGCAGAACACUGGAUGCUGCCGAGUUCCAGUUCACAGCUCUCAGUCUGCCGUGUGACAAACGCCAUGUCAUCUCCCUGGAUGCCGAGACCAGUGUGGGAGCAUCCGGCAGCCCCUCCACAAUUGUCAUACCACCCACAGGUCAAGGUACAAAAAUUGAAGAUUUUACCAUCAUGGUGUCUGACAGAGAGGUCAAGGCCAUGUGGAAGCGACCUGAAGGGGAGAUAUCUGAGUUGUAUGUGUACUGGUGCGUUGGAUCAACGAUCAGAAAGAAGUGUGAGAAACUCCUGAAAUGGGGAUUAGUUGAGGUCAACAAGACCUCAUUCUUGAUCCCUGAUGAGACGGUCAUUGUUGAUGAUUACUUGUUUGGUGUGUCAGCCAUCUUGGAAAACGUGACCUUGGGUAUCACGUGGUCGGAGUGUACUGUCGUGGAGGGUUCACGGCCAACCGUGAAGCCGAGAGGACUCCAGGUGGAGAAGACAGCCUCCCCCUCCAGUCUGAAGCUCAAGUGGCCCAAGACGAGGUGCAUUGACACAGCACUCAUCACCAGCUACCGGCUGUACAUGGGAGAAGUGGCUGGCAAUAACAUCAUCAAUGAGAGGAACUUCACCUACAACCUGACUACAACCGAACAUGUCGCUGUGGAUCUCCGUGUUGGGACAAAUUACAGCUUCAGGUUACAAGCCUUGUCCUCCGCUGGAGCUGGACCAAUCAGUGACCCCUUGUAUCAGAUGAUUCCAUCUGAACGUGGAUAUUUUGAUUCCCCUCUGGUGUUUGGAUCUGCUGUAGCAGCAGCUAUUGUCUGUGUUAUCUUGGCGGUUGUCAUUGCCAUAUGCUGCUACAGAAGGAGAAAACAGUGUUGGAGAUCAGAAACAAUCAGCUUACCCAAAUGGACAAGCCCAUAUUCAUCCCCAUCACAUGACAUGCUGAGGUCGGAUACCUCGUCGUCAGAGUCGUCCUCCAUGGGCGCAACCAACCAAACAAGGGCCACGGAGGAGGAUGUGAUCCGUUCCGGUUCCAGCGACAGCACAAGGACCAACUCCGAUACCAACAUGCACUGUGGCCAGCCUGGCAGCCUGCCUACUGAGGCUGUCGUGAAGCUGACAAGUGACCCAGAUCGAAUUCAGGUGGCCAUCGACCCAAAUCAGCUUGAUGUCAAGAAUGGAAUUGUUCAUUGCCCAGACUACAAGAAAAUAGGUGAUAUUGAACCCACCCAUGGUAAUAGACCACCAGAGAAUUACUCCCUGUUUUCUGACACAGCAGUGUCCAGUUUUCCGGGAGCAGAUCCAGUUGUUUCCAACAAAGAUCUUGGUGUUCUCAGCUUGAAUCAUAUGUCACCCAAUGUGGAGACCGCUGUUGGCAAUGUGGCUCAACCUUUCCACCCAGACUAUGUCCAAGAACAGCAGGUGACUAAUGGAGUUCCUUGUGUGAAGACAGUCGGUACUGAGGUUUAUAGAUCUUUUCAUCCUGACUACCUUUCCAACACAAGCCCACCAGUUAUCCUCAAUGAGAAUUAUGUACCAGUUCCAUUGGUGAAUGCUUGUAGAGAAGAAACAUCUGCAGGGUCAAGGUCAGAUAAUUCUGGGUCAAGGUCAGAUAAUUCUAGGUCAACAUCAGGUUCCUUGGAUGCCUAUAUGAAGGCUGGUCUUGGUUCUGAUGAUGUGCAAACCUCACCAGAAUCUCCCACACACCCGGACUAUGUGGCAUGUGUUUCUGCAGCACACCCCGCCAUUCUCCCAUUAGAAGAACAUGCGCUGGAGGAGAUUUCCCGAUUUGAACAACCUCCUGCUGGAACAGAAGCAAACCCCAGUUACAUUUCCGUCACAGACAUCAGUACCAAGCUGUAGUCAGUUGCCAGACUUCAUCAUCUGUAUUUCGUGUAACCCUUCAGGCACAUCAUGUGUGAGACAUCAGUUUGAGUGGAAACCAUCCCGGUGAAGUGACUUACGACAUAGACAAUGAUGGCCAUAUUCUCUGUUUUGAAAUCCAGCUUUUUAUGUCCGUAUGAUAUUCUGGAAAUAGUACUAGUCAGUAACCAAUGAUAAUUUUGUGUAUGAGAUGAAUACCUCACAAUAUCGUCACUCUGAAACAUCAACAACAAGAACACUUGAAUGGCAAAACACACCGUAGAUCAACCCACAGAUCAACCCUUCAAGCUAGCUUGCAAACGUGUAUGAAAUUUGGAACACUUGCUUCUCGGUGUAAGGAUUUUGUUGCAGGGCUCCACUACUUACCCUGCUCAUGUGAACAUGACAAUCAGUUGACCUAUACAGUACUGGCAGGGCCUCACCAACAUGUCUGACAGCUGACUUCUAGAGGACAUUGUCUCAUGAAUGUAUCUGACAGCCGACCUCUAGAGGUCAGUGUCCUCAUGAAUAGAUCACAUCUCACAAGCAGGCAAUAACUGCUAGUUUAUAUAUUCAUUACAAUAUUUAACUUUCAGAGGAAACGGAAAGUGUAAAACAUUUCCUGGAAGCAUUUACCGAUUGUUAUUUGUUGAUGGUGUUAUGGCAUUAGCUCCUUGUUUCAUGAUGCAGUUUUGGACGUCCUCAGGUGAACUCUAGCCCUGAUGGCAACAGCUGUGUCAGCGCUAUACCUUACAUGCCCAUGUGAUCUGUCACCUUCAAACAGGGGUUACUUAACAUGUAUUGAACUGACAUAGCCAUACAGCAGUGAGAUCUCCCAUUGCACUAAUGGUUGCAAAAACAAGGUUUACCUGUAAUAUGUGUUGUCUUUUUCUGUGGCAAUAUAAUAGAAGUUCCUCUGUUCCAGGAAGUUCAAUUUUGAUAUUUUGUCAGAUUGAAUUUUGUAGCAAUAGUAUUUUCACAAAUCCAUUGAACAUGGUAGACAUUUACUUGCCCAAAGUAUACCUGUCUCAUGUUCAAACAAUCCAAUCUAUUCAUUGAUUUUGAAUGUUUUUUAAUUUACUGGGCAUCGGCAAAUAUAUUUCAUCCUUGUGUUCAGGGUUUUGAUCUCUUUAGUACAUUGAGUAGUAUUAGAAAUUGUUAUCAAUAUAUUUCUUGAAAACCCCAAGAUAUUAUUAAAAAAUGUGCAAUUUUUACAAGUUCUGAAAAACAUAUUGUUAUUGAGAUUUCAUAUUUUAAGGAACCAGCAUUAUCAGCUGAUCAUUUCACAUGUUAAUCAUGUUUGUAAAAAGAUGUCUUUGAUCGGGAAUGUAUAUUGUUAUGUUUGUAGUGUAAGGUAACGUGAAGUCGCUUAUGUACCAAUUAUUCAAUACAUUCAAGCACUGAUGGCAUCAUCUCGACAGUUACAGUCCUCCAUCGUGGAGGCACCUGAAGACAAUAAUCCACUGCCUCAAGUGUAUCUGGAGUGUUAAGUUGUUGUGGGGAGAGGAGUAUUUUUUCAGUAACUGCCUCUAGUCAUCCUUGCUGACCCUCCAUCCAUCCAUCGUCUGAGAGUAUGACAACAUGGGCACCUCAUCCCAUCCUCUGUCUGAGAGUAUGACAACAUGGGCACCUCAUCCCAUCCUCUGUCUGAGAGUAUGACAACAUGGGAUGAUACAAAUGGCACCUCAUCCCAUCCAUGAUACAAAUGGUCCUCUCACAGUGGAAGAGAAGGCAACUGUUAUGUCUUCUAGUUUUGUGUGUAGGAUCUUGACUGAACAGAAACAAAAUCCUUUUGGUGGAGUGGUCAUCUAACAGUACUUUACCUUCAUAUAUACAUAAUGUCAUAAGCUUAUGUGAUAUGUAUGUAUCGUUAUCACACAACAGUAUUAUAUAAUUGAUCAAGGGGCAUAGGUGGUUAAGGCUUUUGCUCAUCACGCUCAAGACCCGGGUUCGAUUCCCCAGGUGGGUACAAUGUGUGACACCCAUUUCUGGUGUCCCCACUGUGGUAUUCCUGUAAUAUUGCUGGAAUAUUGCUAAACGUGGCAUAAAAAUAAACUCAGUGUCUCGAUCGAUCAGAUCUUCUGAGGAAAGUUAGGAAAUGCUAGGUGACAUGUGUUGUAGCUCACAACAUCAUGAGACUAGGAUGGUUUCAGUCACCAGAAACAACAGACAAUGUAGUGUAGCGAUUGUUUUUUUGUGCGAAAAUAUCGGUUAUUCUUCUUAGCUUACCCGAGUAAAGUGAUAUUUGGUCGCGGCCUGUUUGAAUGUCUAAAUGAUCUUGUCCCCAGAAACCACUGUACCAACCAAACUGAAACUCCACAUCCGAAAGAAUUGUUUAAGCUGAAUUUGUUCAAGAGGUUCACAUUCAACAUUCAAUAUGGCCUCCAUGGCAGCCUUUUGGAAAUAUCUUUUUAGGCCAUUACUUGGUCAUAUUUGUUAGGUAUGUUGCCAGAAUCAAAACGUAUGUCUGAAUAUUUGAAUAUCAAUAUUGACAGCAGGUUUUGUUAGUGUUGCUGUUUUUGUUAACAGUUGACGUUGUUGCCAACAUCAUCCAUGUCAUCUUCAGUGCUGGAGUACUGUUUCUCAUGUUUUGGCUAGUUGACACAUAAUGAAGGUUUCAGUGAUAUUGUACAUUUAGUUGUAACUAUUCUAUUGUAGCUUUUGUCUCUAGCUGAUUGAGUCUGUUAAACCCUAACAGUUAAAUAUUCAUCUGUUUGGAGUAAUCAGUCGCCCACCUCUAUUGCUGACCAACCUCCAUUAUCUCCCUUCCUAUAAUGCUUACCAACUUUUUGACGUUCUUUGUGUAAAAAAUUGAAUGUUGACAGGAAUGUUAGCUAAUUGUGGUAACCGUGUAAGUCAGUUUUUUCAAUCAUUAUUUCGUAAUAUAUCCGUCCUCUCAUGAAAGUAUUACCAUUGAAUGGAAGUUGAUCAAUGCAAGCCUCCAUCUUUUCUCCGCCUCGUGACUUGUCAGCUGUUUCUGAUGUGUGGGUCAAGUCGAGGAGGAUACAUUAUAGUGCUUGUAAUAAGCUCGUGGUAGUUGCUUGUCGGUCAACGAUGUCGCUCUGUUAUAAAUGGCCGUUUGAAUUUUUCUGUGUUAAAGUUUUAUGAAUGAUGUGGAAUUGAGACAUGUCAUUUUAUGACUGUGUGGAUGUAGACAGCCAUGUUGUAACGAUUUAGAAGACAGCCAUGUUGUAACGAUUUAGAAGAAAGCCAUAGGUUUACCAGUGCUCUUGGAAGAUUGAGCUCAUUCUCUUCUCUAAGAUUCCAAGCUCCAGUAAAAUCGGCAAAGGCUGAUAAUCAUAAUGAUUGCUUCAAGUUCAUUAAUCACAACUAUUGCUUCAAGUACCAGUAAUUGUAACAAUUGUUCAAGGUUGAGUAAUCCUGUCACUUGCUUCAAGCACUAGGAAUCAUUGCUUCAAGCUUUUGUUAUUUCUCAAAUUCUUCAGUGUGAUAUGGCUGAACCAUUGCUCAUUGUUAAACAUCAGGUCACUUAUUCUAGACUAGAUUUUGUUUAGUACAGCUCGAUAUAGUUGUGUAUGACCUUACUGUAUAGAAUAGAAACAUCUCAAUACUUACAUACAUAUAAUGUGUCAUUUGAAAUCCCAGAAACCUAUUUUAUAAGUUAUCCCAUGUUAAUUCAUAGUCGUAAAGCAAUAUAUCAUUAUGCUUGAAGUGAAAUCUGUGUGCACUUAACAGUUGAGGAUUCCAAGCUGCCUGGUACAACAGCACUCAUUAUGAUUUUUUUUAUCGGCCUAAUUCUUAUUUUUCCAGAGUAUUUUCUUUUUGGUAUUGGUGCAUUGUGACAAAUAUCCAGGGCCCGCCCGCUGCCCAAUUUUGUUAAGGAAGUGACAUUGGCAACUCAGUCUUGCAUUUCAUUAAUGUAACGUGCUGUUUUAUUGGGAUACUAUUUUUAGCAUUUUCAUUUAAACAGAGCGUAAAACUGUUGAAAUGAAGGGUCCAUUUCAGACUGGGGAUCUAAUUGACCAGAGAACUGUACAAUGAUAGUAACAUCGCGUCCAUCAGGUGCAGGCCUCUCAACUUUUAAUUCGUGAUUUUAGCAAUAAUCUACAGAUAGGAGCUGACAAGCUGGUCUGUUUGUACGUAUACACCCUUCUCCUCCUCCCGACAUUCCCCUUGCUCCUUGUUUUGUUUUUGUUUUAUUGUUUUAUUGUUCUUCUUUUAAUUCUAUUUUGUUCAUACUGAUAUUUUCCAAAUUGUUUUGAAAUUCAUUCAAACAGUUAUGUUUUUCAUUCUGAGGCGUUGAUAUUAUGUAAAUUUCCAUGAGACCUUGUUCACAGUCAGAUGGUACCUCAAGACCUGCCGCCAUAGUUGUGGUCAGAUGUUCUGGACCCAGGUCUGUUCUGGUCCUCAGGCGAAUCUGUGACUGAUGAUGUCAUAGUCUCUGUUAUGGAUUCCAUAGACAUUGUGUUAACAUCUGUCACUGAAAACGUCUGUCAGACCUCAGAUGUACAUAAAAUAUUUUUAUGUCUUUAGGUAGACUUUUACAACAUCAAGUGAAGAGACCACGAUUACCGUUCAAAAUCUUUGCAUAGUAUGAUAUUCUGCUUGUAAAGUGAAGUACUUGACACCACAGGCCCUCGUGUUUUUGAGCGGAUUAAAGAGUAAAAACAACAACAAAAUAAAACAACUUUUGAGAUGACCCUCAACUCAAAAUGCUUCACUGUACAAUAAAUCAUAACAUCCUGAUUUAUUGUACUCAGAAGCAUUUCGGGACAGGGGUUCUCUCAAAAAUUGUCUUUUCUUUUUUGUCUGUUUCUUUUUUCAAUCCUUAAGACUCGCUAAGACACGACACCUGCACUUGACAUCAAGUUGAUAUUCCUUACAAGGAUAGAUUAUUGUCUUCUGUAUAAAGGGGCCUGCUAUAUAUUGGGCAAAAGAAUUGUUAUUUGUUUUCAAAUCUAUUUCGGGACUUGUUUGUGUGAACAAAUUUCAAAGUACUAAUUUCAAUAUAAGGAAUGAACGUGAAAUCAGAUACUAUUUUCAUGUUGGAAUCUAAACCUUAUAAAAUAUUUUCAUGGUAUGUUUUGACUUAGCCACAGAAGGUUGUACAAUAAAGCCAGUAGCCUAGUUCAAAGUUAUACAUGUAUACUAUUAAAAAGAAAGUAUACGCUUGAAAAUUUGACUAAAUAAUUGCAAAAUGUUCCUUGGGUGAAAACAGAGGCCUGAAAACUGUUAACUUACUGUCUGAAACAUAACUGUAAAACGUAUCCAAUACAUCACCAUUGAAUAACUAGUUCUUGUCCGAAUUGUAUUUAUUCACCAUGAAAUGUGGGUAUAUACUUUCAUUUGCCUGGCAUUUCUGAUAAACAGACCCUGUUGUCAUCACUGGGGUCUGCUCAAAUAGACCCUGCUGUCAUCACUGGGGUCUGCUUAAACAGACCCUGUUGUCAUCACUGGGGUCUGCUCAAAUAGACCCUGUUGUCAUCACUGGGGUCUGCUUAAACAGACCCUGCUGUCAUCACUGGGGUCUGCUCAAAUUGACCCUGUUGUCAUCACUGGGGUCUGCUUAAACAGACCCUGUUGUCAUCACUGGGGUCUGCUCAAAUAGACCCUGUUGUCAUCACUGGGGUCUGCUUAAACAGACCCUGCUGUCAUCACUGGGGUCUGCUCAAAUAGACCCUGUUGUCAUCACUGGGGUCUGCUCAAAUAGACCCUGUUGUCAUCACUGGGGUCUGCUUAAACACCCUGCUGUCAUCACUGGGGUCUGAUUAAACAGACCCUGUUGUCAUCACUGGCGUCUGCUCAAACAGACCCUCCUGUCAUCACUUGGGUCUGCUCAAACAGACCCUGUGGUCAUCACUGGGGUCUGCUUAAACACCCUGCUGUCAUCACUGGGGUCUGCUCAAAUAGACCCUGUUGUCAUCACUGGCGUCUGCUCAAAUAGACCCUGUUGUCAUCACUGGGGUCUGCUUAAACACCCUGCUGUCAUCACUGGGGUCUGAUUAAACAGACCCUGUUGUCAUCACUGGGGUCUGCUCAGACCCUCCUGUCAUCACUUGGGUCUGCUCAAACAGACCCUGUGGUCAUCACUGGGGUCUGAUUAAACAGACCCUGCUGUCAUCACUUGGGUCUGCUCAAACAGACCCUGCUAUCAUCACUGGGGUCUGCUCAAACAGACCCUGCUGUCAUCACUGGGGUCUGCUCAAACAGACCCUGCUAUCAUCACUGGGGUCUGCUCAAAUCACUGGGGUCUGCUCAAACAGACCCUGCUAUCAUCACUGGGGUCUGCUUAAACAGACCCUGCUGUCAUCACUGGGGUCUGCUUAAACAGACCCUGCUAUCAUCACUGGGGUCUGAUUAAACAGACCCUGCUGUCAUCACUGGGGUCUGCUCAAACAGACCCUCCUGUCAUCACUGGGGUCUGCUCAAACAGACCCUCCUGUCAUCACUGUGGCAACUGUCUCAUUAUUUUCAUAGAUCCAUCAGUCUCUGUCUUACAGUUGUUGUACAUACAGAUGUAGAUUUAGAGGUAUUUAAACACUGGUAUGUCAUGAUUUAGUCAAUACAACACUGGCAAAUUAUGUUUUGUCAAUACAACAUCAUUAUUUCAAGCAAUUCAGACAUAGUCCAGUUUCAAUGUUUGACGGCUUUAUCUCGAAAAUUCCACAUACAACAAUGGGUAAUUCCCCAGCAUCUUUCUUCAGACACUGCCUUUCCUUGCCAUAUGCUGGUCACAGAUCCACAGUACACUUGCCUCACUUAGUUCCUUGUUAUAGUUUCCCUGUGCUGAUGCCAUCACAGUGAUAUCCACCUCAACACCUUGGAGUCUCGGUACAUUUUAAAAUGUGGAGGAGUUGAAUUGUGUUGUUUUAUUAGAUUGUUCAAAGAUUUCUGUCUCCAGAUUUUUAUUAAAAUAAAAUCAAACUAAUCAUUUAUCAUGUUUUGGUUUGGGCAGUUUCUUUAGUUAUUGGUUCUUUUUGCAUUUUGUUGGAUGUUGACAGAAAUGUUUUUAAUUUUUAGUGUUUCCAUGGAAACAAGCACACUUACAGUUAGGAGUGCUGGUGAAGCUAUGAAUGGUAUUGUGGAAACCAAUUCUAUGUCAUUAUGGUGGUACUGUGUGUUGCAAACAAUGUUUUGUUUCUUUAGCAUGAUUGUCAAACUUUAUUUUCAUCAUAAAAAUCAUCAACUGAAUAUACAUGUAUGUUGUAACAUUCCUGACAAUCUGCAAACCAGAUUUGUAGAAAACAACACCUAAUGUGCUUCUGUUGAUCUUGGACAAGGACAGUCACAUAUAAACUCAUGUCCUGGUGUACUGUAAGGAAAUAAUCAUGAAUGGUGAAUUAAGGUAAUCAAGCAUUGCUCAAGUUUUAGCAGUUAUUAUGGGGGCGGUGGGGUAGCCUAGUGGUUAAAGCGUUGGCUCGUCACGCCGAAGACCCGGGUUCAAAUCCCCACAUGGGUACAAUGUGUGAAGCCCAUUUCUGGUGUCCCCCGCCAUGAUGUUGCUGGAAUAUUGCUAAAAGCGGCAUAAACCCAAACUCAGUCAGUCAGUCAGUCUAGCAGUUAUUGGGUUAUGUCCCUUUGCCUUGUCGGGAUCCAGUGACUACAGAUGCCAUACUCCAACUCAGCAUUUGGCUUUCCUCCCACUGUUAGCUGAAUCUCUUGUUGUUUGUAAGUGUAGUGCAGUGCACUUGUAGUGAUAAAGAUGUUUUUGGUAGAUGUAACCGUUGAACCUCUGUAGAUGGUAUUUAACCAUUUGUCUAUGCAUGUUUAUCAGUAUGCAAUAACUGUUUGUGUUUGCUGUUUGAGUUUACUAUAUGACCUUGUGUUGUCCAACUUUGUUAUCUAAACCAAAAGUGCAUUUACUUUGUGCCCAUAAGUAUUUUCAGCUGAAAACUUAAUAUUGUGUCAUCAAAUGGCAGGUUCAGAAUGAUCAAUUUGAAAUAAAAUCUGCGGAAAUCAGCGGAUCAGCAGAAAAUUGCCAUCGCUGAUUGAUCAUGUGGCAAGGGACCAAUUGCUGCAACGGUUAUCUCCCUUUAAUUGACUGGUUGAAAUGCCAAGCUGUUUUUAUUUGUAACAAAAAUAUCAUGGAAAUCCGGUGAUUUACAACAAACGUGUGUCUUUUGGUGCUAAACAUUAUGUGUAUGACAGACUCUUUUCACCAUAUAUUCAUGGAUUUUAUUUGUGUAUUUUUUCUAAUAGUUUGUCUUCGUUAACAUCAUGCAUAACAUUAAUUACAACCAUUCCAUGCACCCAUUGUUAAUAAAUGAAGUAAAGCAUCUCCUUCUGAAAUGCAGUUCUCCAUGCUUGUUUGACUACAAUUAAAGGAAAACAAAACUCUAAGCUUGAACCUGUAGAAUAUGGAUCGUUAUUUUCUUCAUGGAAUCCAAAUUUGCUUAUUGUGGGAUAUAAUUUCUUCUGGUUUAACUUGUGUUUGGGUGUUAUCUGCUUGUUGAUUUGACGCUCGAGAAGACUGAACUACAGCUUUAAACACUAAAUAUCCACACAUGAUGAUUUGCUUGCUGUGUUCUGCCUGUAAGCUUGUUGUUGUACUGUAUGUGAAGAGGUAUUUUUGAAACCACAUCAUGAUCAGUGUUUCCGUUCUCUGAUAUAACCUGGAUAUUGAUCAGGGAUCCUUUCACGAAGCAUCCUUUACUGAAGUUAACCUUAACUCCCAUUCUUUGGGAGUUUACUUUAGUGACUUACGAUCACCUUGGUGCUUUGGGAAAGGAGACCCAGGCAAUCUGAGGGUUGACGGUCCUUGUUUCCGACAGAAGUUUUCAUAGAAAAUGCAUAUCAUAUCACUGUACAUAUUAAAUCAUUUAUAUGUCUAUUUUCAGUAACAUAAAUGGAACAUCCAUUACUACCAUAAGCACAGAGUUUCGACCAAUCAUUAAAUGCAUGAUAGCACAUCAAAUGUUUCCAUUUGGAUUUUGUAGGCAAUAUUUGUUAUCUUGAUAUACAUCACUAACUUCACUCGCAUGGUUAAAUAACGAUCUAUUCUGAUUGCAUACUUGGGAUGUUGGGUCAGAAGCAGACAAUGUUAUGGUCAAAUCUUUGGAGAAAGUCCAACAUAUAACCUGCAAGGUGAGGUAAAUUUAACGAAUCUCUGUCGAGUUACCGGAAGUGGUAUAAGACAUUUGAACAUUCUGGUGCUACUGAAUAUGUGAGCCUCAACCUUUUCAGCUGCAUGUCAACACUUGACACAUAUACAAUGACACUGAAUCAACAAGGGACAAUGUUUCUAUUUCAUUUUCAUUCAUAUGGUAUUUUCAUUUGCUACUGGCCAACAUGACUGGCAGAUGAAGCUGUAAUCGGAAACACUGGUUUUUGAGAUACCUUUUUGUAGCUUGUGUGACUUUUACGAGGCAACCUGUUAACAAGGAAAACACUGCCCAGGUCUAAUGAACACAUUCAGUUGCCUGUAGCAUGAAUAUUGGUAGAAUGUACAAAUCUGAAAUAAAUGUUGUAAACGCU